AUGCAAAAUUACGAGAAAAAUAUUUAUUUUUCUUCCAGCUCAAUACAAACAUCUCCUGAUCUAUCUCCUGUCAGAAAAAAUGAAGGAUUCAGCUAUGAGAUAACGAAUUUGACAGACAUCAUAAGUACAAGCUAUUUUGGAAAUAAUAGAACUAUAUACGAAGAAGAUGAAAUUUUGUCAAGUGAGGAAGCUUAUAUUACAGUCCCGAAUGUUCCUACCCAAUCUAAUGACUUUUUGGCAGAGCUAGUCUCUGAAAAUAACGAUAACAAUAUAUCAUUAUUCCUUCCGUCAGAUUUUUCAGAUAACUUUAUGUCUCAGAGUUAUUGAGAAGACCUUUCAUCCCCAGAGGAAGAAGGGUCAGUCUUGAUGCCAUCAAUGUUUACAACACACUCUAUAGCUAGCAAAAUUCACGAAUCAAUACACUUGGAUGGCUAUGAUAUGCAUUCUCCUUUAAUAAGAAAAAUUUGUCUCUGCCAUCGUACUGAAUCAGAAGGCUUGGUUUGGAUUUUAUAUGCGAUUCCAGUGUGUGGAUACACUUCUUUACCUAUACUGGAGUUUUCAAUGCAUGAAAAAGCAUCUAUAGGAUUUAUUUCUUAUUUAAAACAGAGCCCAUCACUAACUUCAUGGUUUUCGAACGACAUUUUGACGUUUGCUUACAAUCAUUCUGUCAAGUGAAUUUCCUGCGGAUCUGAACACUGUAUAUUUGUGACUUGCAGCGGAAAAUUAUACACGUGAGGAAACGGAAUAAGUGGAGCCCUUGGGCAUGGAAAUAAAGAAAAACUAGUUUUUCCCAAACACAUAGAAUCAGUGAGCAAUCAAAGAUUCCUUUAUGCUGAGGCUGGGGCAUAUCAUAAUGCAGCUAUAUCAGAACAAGGGGAUCUAUGAGUAUGAGGUAGAGGAGAUGUGAAUCAGCUCGGCCUAGGCCUUUCUAAUUUAGAAGAAGACGAAAUUGGCUUGGUCCAGCUGGAGCCCUGCAUAAAUCAGUAUUUUCUUCAAAAAUCAAAACAAAUAUGUGGAGUUGCAUGUGGAGAAGCUCACACACUCGCUUUGGAUACUGAAGGAAAAGUUUACUCUUUUGGAUGAAAUGAAUACGGCCAGCUAGGAAUAGAGUUCGAAAUGACGAGUGAUAAUGCAACUAUUGUCGCAAUUCAAGAUUCUGCAAUAAAAGUUGCAGCUGGCAUGCUAUUUUCAGCUUGUCUGACAAGCUCUGGCAAAUUGUUCGUCUGGGGGGAUAAUGAAUUUGGCCAGCUAGCUCUAGGUACAGGAGUGAAAACAAGCUGCUCCCCUGUAAAUAUUGAAAUUAAUGGAAAAAUCAUUGAUGCAAAUUGUGGGGCCAAUAGUAUUGUAUGUUUAACAGAAGAAGGAAGAAUUUUUGGAUGAGGCUAUGGAAUUGCUGGAGAGAUGAGUAACUGCAGCUAUCAAGCUGGCUCUGAUAUAAUUUGCCAUUCUCCAAGAGAAAUAGGAGAUUUUGAUAUUGCUCACCGCUUUAUGCUGAAAGGCAGCCCCAAUUUGUUCAAGCUAAAUUAA